GUAUGCAUUGUAAGAAGGCUCUAUGUGCUAGCUCAAGGAAUAAUGGGACUUCAACAAUGAAAAAGCACAUAAGAAUCUGUAAAUUGAAUCCUAAAAGCUUGAAAAAUCAGAAACUACUUGGUUUGGGUAGAUUUUAUAGUGCUGAUAAUGGUGAUGGGCAUGGUGCCACUAAACUUACCACUUGGAAAUUUGAUCUUAAUGCUAUGAAAAGGGCUUUAGUUGAAAUGAUAAUCAUUGAUGAGUAUCCCUUUAGCAUUGUAGAAAGGGUUUCCUUAACCAUUGAUACUUGGACCUCACAACAAAGAAUCUCAUUUAUGAGCUUGACUGCUCAUUACAUUGAUGAGAAUUGGAAAUUGCAUACGAAGAUACUUAAUUUUUGUCCUGUCGACUCUCAUAAAGGAAAAGAUUUGGGUGAUUUAAUUAAGUUGUGUUUAAUGGAUUGGGGAAUUGAUCUAGUGUAUGCCAUGACUAUUGAUAAUGCCUCUGCCAAUGAUGGUGUUGUGAGAGUGGUUAGAGAUGCCAUAAAUAAGUGGGGGACUAGUAUCUUAGGAAGGGAUGAGUUGUAUAUGAGGUGUGCAGCCCAUAUAAUUAAUGUGGUUGUGCAAGAUGGGGCCAAAAUAAUGAAUACUUCCAUCAAUUCAGUUAGAGCUGUUGUUAAGUUUAUUAGGCAAAGUCCUCAAAGGAUUCUAAGGUUCAAAGAAGCUGUUGUUAUUGAGAAAAUUGACAGCAACAAGCUAUUGAGCAUGGAGACACCAACCAAGUGGAAUUCUUUGCACUAAUGUUAGAGACUGCAGAGAAGUAUGAAAUGGCAUUUGAGAGGU